ACAGACUGCAUCCUGCCUCAAUAAAUGGGAUUGUAAGUAGCAGGAGUCUGCCUGCACGAAGAGGCGUUUACUGACUGAGAACUUUAGCGUAAGGUCUGCAAGAUGAUACCUGCAGUUACACUCAACAAUGGAGCAAAGAUGCCUAUCGUGGGUCUGGGAACAUGGAAGGCAAGUCCAGGCGAGGUCAGCGAGGCUGUGAAGGUGGCCAUAGGUUGUGGCUACAGGCACAUUGAUGGUGCUUAUGCGUACGAGAAUGAAGAAGAAGUUGGUGCUGGAGUUCAUGCUAUGAUUGAACAAGGAGUAGUGAAGAGGGAGGAUCUAUUCAUUGUCAGUAAGUUAUGGUGCACCUUCCACCUUCGAUCUCUGGUGAGGACAUCAUGCGAGAAGACUCUCAGUGAUCUGAAACUUGACUACUUGGACCUUUACCUCAUGCAUUUCCCAAUUGGGGCCAAGCCAGGUGAUGAGAUUUUCCCCCGUGAUGAGCACGAGCAGAUCAUAACUGAUGACAGCAACUUCUUGGACACUUGGGAGGCUAUGGAAGAGCUGGUGGACGCCGGGUUGGUCAAAGCUAUCGGCAUCUCCAACUUCAACAAAGACCAGACUGAAGCCAUACUCAACAAGCCCGGCCUCAAGCACAAGCCUGUCGUCAACCAGAUCGAGUGUCACCCGUAUCUGACCCAAGAGAAGCUGAUCAACUACUCCCACUCAAAGGGGAUCGCGGUGACGGCUUACAGUCCGCUGGGCUCCCCCGGCAGACCCUGGGCUUCGUCUGAUGAACCCUCUCUGCUGGAGGACCCCAAGAUCAAGGCCAUUGCGGCGAAGUACAAUAAGACUCCAGCACAGGUUCUCAUCAGGUUCCACACCCAGAGGAAUGUGAUUGUGAUCGCUAAGUCAGCGACACCACAUCGCAUCAAGGAAAACUUCCAGCUGUUUGACUUUGAGUUGAGCGAAGAUGACAUGAAGACCCUCCUGAGCUUCAACAAGAAUUGGAGGGGAUUCCCAAUGAAAUGGGCCUCAAAACACAAAGACUUCCCUUUGAAUGCAGAAUACUAACCCAUCUAACAGUAUGCUGCAGUGUUUGAAGGUUUGAGCCUUUUUAGGCCACAUCUACUGCCUGACUAAUGUGCCUAUACAGUCCGAGCCUAAUAUCUGCUCCUUGUAACUUCCUCUGUUAUUUUAUCUUUCUUGCACAAUUCAAUGCCUCGGACACAAGAGGAUAUGCAGCUUUUAUAUCUUUUGUUUUGUUGCUGAACACUGUGCCUGUGUUGCAUUUUCAGAUGAUAAACGUGACUAAAAGUGAGAACUAUAAAUGCUACGUAGCUACUUCAGCGGACUGCUUGUUGUUACCAAGAAGACAUGGGAGGUUGGAGUUUAGGAGUUUACUGAUUUUCGAACAACAAUGCUACCAGGACCAAUUUUGCAAGCUAGUCAUGAUAAAUGUGUUUGAGAACACGAUCCUGUUACAUAAGCUACAUUUAACAAGGUACAUUUUUUCUAUCCAUGUCCGUCCAGACUCAUCUACUGUACUGUAUGUAGUGAAGACUUUAAAUGAAUUUAAUAAAAGAUUUAACAUGUUU